ACUGCAGAUUUAAUCUUGUAUUUACAAAUAUAAUAAUUCUUCGCACCGAUUCGGCCCAAAAGCAAUAUUUUGCCUCAUCCGCAACUUGGUCACACUUUGCGGUAUUUGUGGCGAUCUUUCGAUUUGUGCGCGAAAUAAAUAGGUUACAUAUUGAUAAACUUUUGUAUUUAAAAAUUGUUUAUUAUAUAGUAUAGUACGGCAGCUAAAAGCUGAAGAGCGCACAUCACUCAGCCAGUUCACGUGUCAAGGGAAUACCAGGAAAUUUAUACUAUCGGACACAUUAUGGUUGAGCUUUUCGGAGAAGAUUACGACUGUUGGGAAUGGUUUCAGGCUGAUAAAGAGAAAAUCCUGCGCAGCUUAACGCGCAAAAAAGCUACCGACGGGCGUCAGGUGCAGAUAAACAGGCGAUAUAACUGCUGGAACCGUGCCAAGGCGGCGGCGCCAUCUAAAAUUCCCACCGAUGGUCUGCAGGAGAUCUUUAAUCUACAACCUUUGGGCAUGUUCCUCUACCUGGCAACCGAAGUGGAACCGAACUUUUUUGUCGAUCAAAUCGGGCCACACGAUGAUAUGGAGCGCGUGCUAAUCUAUACACGCAUCCUGGUCACUUUAUGUGAACUGGAGCUGCCGGGCUUUCACUAUGAUAUGCUGAGCAAGUUAGCGGCGUGCACGCCGCUCAUCGAGCACUAUGAGGAGCUGGUGCGAAAACUGUGCACCAAAAGCUUCCGCACCAUGUGGACCGACAUGAAGCGCGUCGAUUGCACCAUUAGCCAUAUGCAGACGCUGUUGUUGCAGGCUCAACGCGCUGGCGUCAUGGACAAAAAUGGCAUGCAGAUACUAUUCAAUAUUUGGACACACUUGAAGAACAACCAGAACCCGAUCAUAGAAGAGCGUCCGAUCUGCAUGGAGUUUCUGCAUCAGUUGCACGGCCUGUUUAGUGUUGAUCUGGAUGUGCUGGCUGAACCGAAUCCUGCCGCCGAGUUAUAUCCCAGCCUGGAGGAGCUCAGACUGUGGCUCAAGCAGCACGAGGAUGCCUAUCUCCAUGCCCCAAAGCUAACGAUCAGCUACAUAAGCACCACGCAGUACAUAAAUAGUCAACGCUUGUUUUUGCGUCAGCAGUUUUUGCUGCCGCUGCGCGAGUUGGUGCGCGUUCUGCAUCGAGAGCGCAGCCUGCAGAACGUGACGCCGCUCCAAUUGGCCUAUGAGGAGGUGCAGAUCAAGCUGAAUAUGCACUUCCCGGACGCCCAUAGCAGCAAGCUGCUGUUUGUUGAUCUUUUGGCUGCGCAGCGCAAAACGGCAGCCGAUCACGAUAUCCAAUUCGGCAACUCGGAAGAGGAGUCUCUGCUAAAGCUCAAAACUGGUGCACUACUCUGUUUCAGCACAAGCUACGAUUUCGACAAUCUUAUACUGGCCACGGUGGCUGGCACGGAUAUAAAGCAGCUGCGUCGCGGUUACAUUGCGAUCACUAUAGUGCGGCAGUUUAAUAUAGGCAACAUUUAUGGCAAGUCGUUGAUCAUGUUCGAAACGCCCGUCUACUUUGAGCCCUACCAGAAGGCGUACAUCUACCUGACCAACAGCAAUGUUAUCAACUUUCCGAUGUCCGAUUAUAUAGUACAUGGGCUGACGAGAACGCAACCGCCAGCAUAUUUGAAUCACACACAGCCGCCGAAUGUCUACGAGAGUCAAAAGUUUGUGAACAAGCUGCGCAAAAUGCCGCUAAAUCUAUCGCAGCACGAUGCCUUCCAAAGUGUGCUGAAUACGAACUUUAAUCUAAUCCAAGGUCCGCCAGGAACGGGCAAGACGCAUCUCUCAUUGCAGCUGAUAAAGACGAUGUUGGAGCAUGCCAAAUUCUGUGCGCCCAUUGUUGUGAUUACAUACACCAACGAUUCGCUGGAUAAGUUUCUGCUGAAGCUAAGCUCCUUCACCAGCAGCAUAGUACGCUUUGGCUGUCAGUCGAGACUGCCGGAAAUUGCCAGGUUCAAUGCACGUGCCGACACAAACAUGCACAUGAUAAAUCCUAGACUAAAGCGUCUGUACUGGAUGGUGAAUCUGGAGAUCAAGGAGCAUUUCAAGCGCCUGCAGACACUGUAUGCCGCCUUCAAUGACAGCGAUAAGGCCUAUACGGAUAUUCUGGCGACGCAGCGUCUCGUGUGGAAUGCGCAGGAGAAACUCAAUUCCAUACGAAUGAUAUUCCAGCACUAUUUGAUUGUUAAAAAGAACGUGCUGGCGAUGACGACCACGUGCGCUGCACGCAUGAAUUUUGUCUUUCGCUUUCUUAAAAGUCGCAUUGUCAUUUUUGAGGAAGCCGCAGAAAUUUUGGAAGCGCACAUAUUGCCCUGCCUGACACCCUACACGGAGCACGUCAUUAUGAUUGGCGACCACAUGCAGCUCAAGCCCUAUAUAAGCUAUAUAAAGGGACUGAAAUAUUCAGCUAUCUGUCAAUCCUUAUUCGAGCGUUUGAUACGCUCAAAUUUCCAAGUGAACGUAUUGAAUAUUCAAUACCGUAUGCGUAAUACCUUUGCCGAAUUGCUGUGUCCCCUCAUAUAUCAGAAGCUCUUUAGUCAUGAGUCCGUGUAUAACUUUCCUCCUGUUCGCCAUAUGACAAAGAAUCUGUAUUUUCUUCAGCAUCAGGAGCCUGAGACACAUAUCUAUGAUGGCUUUCUAUGCAACGAUUGGGAAACGCAAAAAGUGUCUGAAAUAGUAAGCCAUUUGAUAGACGUCGGCGGCUACAAAGGCAAGGAGGUCGUGGUGCUCACACCCUACACCAUGCAGGUCGAAUCCAUUAAAAAGAGAUUAUCGAAGACAAAGCAUUUGAAAGAUGUUGGCAUUACCACAGUUGAUAGUUUCCAGGGUCUGGAAGCGGAUAUAGUUGUGCUCUCGCUGGUGCGCAGUAACACACAUGGAAAUAUCGGAUUUCUGUCUGAACAGAAUCGUAUUUGUGUCGCCAUGUCCCGCGCCCGCUAUGGCCUCUAUAUCAUUGGCAACAUGAAGAUUCUAUCGCAGAAAUCGCCUACUUGGCGCGAAAUACAGAAUAAGCUAAGGCAGCAAAAUGCUAUAGGCGAAGAAUUCCCCUAUAAGAAAAUGAUGUGAGUGCCAUUAACAGCUCUACAUUGUAAAUAAUGUAAACUACAUAUAAUA